AUGACCUCACCAACACAAAGCGCCGUCCGAUGGUACCCUCCCUCGUUCGAUAUACGGGUUGAACAAGUUCCCGUUCCAGAAAUCAACGAACCAGAUGAUGCGAUCGUGAAAGUAAAGUUGGCAGCUCUCUGUGGGAGCGAUCUACACAUCUAUCGAGGACAUGCGGGCAUUAACAAAGUCCAUAUCUGUGGACACGAGUUCAUCGGCGAAGUGGUGAAACUCGGCUUGAGCUAUGGAGGACAAGCCCAAGGGCGCCCAGACCUAUACUCGAACUUGAAAGUGGGUGACAAGGUCGUCUCUCCUUUCACCGUAAGCUGCGGUGAAUGCAGUGUUUGUCGGCUGGGAUACACUUGUCGAUGCCCUCACGGCGCCCUCUUUGGUUCCCCGGCACUCGAAGGAGGCCAAGCACAAUAUGUACGCGUCCCAAAGGCCGGGGGAACGCUCUACAACCUCAGUGAUACCAGUUCAUGGUCUACCUCUCUAUCCGAUAAGACUGCCACCGCAGCCCUCGACAAGAUAUCUGAGAGUUCGCUUGUCCUUCUCGCUGAUAUCCUACCAACUGGAGUAUUCGCUGCCAUGCAGGCUUUGAGCCAUCCAAAGGUCCUGACGGCACUCACAGGAAGGCCAUGUCCGUUGAAUUUCUUCCCGUUGAAAGAUCUCCCUUCCAAGCAAGACGCCCUGGUACAAGAGGAUAGGACCCUCACAUUUGCGAUUGUGGGAUUAGGUCCCGUGGGGAUAUGUGCAGCAGUCAGUCUGCUUGACUUGCUUUCCGCUGGACAGUACCCUUUCCGCGUUGUCGCGAUCGAUCCCAUUGAGAGCAGGAGAGAGAAGAUGCAAGCUGUUUACUCAAAGAUCUCUCCGGAUGGAAGAGGCUCGGGAGAAUUUAUCGUUGCGUCGAUCGAGGAUGCCAAAACCAAGGUUCAGGCUUGGACUUCAGGUGUAGGAUGUACGGCUGUGCUCGAGGUGGUCGGUAAUAAUAGCGCGCUGAGCCUUGCCUAUGAUCUCGUUCGAGACUUCGGUGUUAUCAUAUCUGUAGGAGUUCAUGGAGCAAACCAAGUUCCAUUCACAGGACGACAGCUGUAUAACAAGAAUGUAUCCCUCGAGUUCGGAAGAUGUCCUGCGCGCACCAUGUUCCCUCCUGCGUUCGAGUUGUUGGCGAAGCGACAAGACGUGUUUGGAGGUGUCGGUGAUCCUAGUAACCUAGUCGACAGAAUUGCCGGAUUUGAUGAAGCCCCGGAAAUGUAUCGAGCUUUCGAAAAGGGAGAAGUUGGAAAGGUUAUCUUUGACCCUUGGAAAUAA